ACCCUAGUUCAAAUUGACUUUGUCCUCUCUAUUAUAUCGGAAGCUCUCCGGAUCCUCCAUAGCUCUGAACCAACGAAUCUCUUCAGCGAUGGCGAAUCCGAUCACCAAGUCUCUGAUCUCAGCUUUGAUCGCUCUCUUCUUGAUCUCAUCCUCUUUCGCCAGCUCAGACGUUCCCUUCAUCGUGGCACACAAGAAGGCCACUACGAAACGAUUCAAAUCCGGCGUCGAGCGCGUCUCCGUCUCCAUUGACAUCUACAAUCAAGGAACCUCGACGGCUUAUGAUGUGAGUCUCACUGAUGAUAGUUGGGCUAAAGAAGUGUUUGAUGUAGUCAGUGGUAACGUCUCACAAUCCUGGGAAAGACUUGAUGCUGGUGGUAUUCUCUCCCAUUCAUUUGAAUUGGAUGCCAAAGUAAAAGGAAUGUUUUAUGGUGCACCUGCGGUCGUGACUUUCCGCAUCCCUACAAAGACUGUUCUCCAGGAGGCAUAUUCAACUCCAAUUUUGCCUUUAGAUGUCCUUGCUGAGAAGCCCGCUGAGAAUAAGCUUGACUUGGCUAAGAGGUUGCUGAUGAAAUAUGGCUCUCAAAUCUCUGUGGUUUCUAUCGUGGUCCUGUUCGUGUAUCUGAUCACUAGCCCAUCAAGUACUUCAAAAGGAAGCAAGAAGAAGCGCUAGAAACUAGGUCGACUUAAUCCAGGAUGGUUUUGUUUUAAUGAAGUGACAGUUACACUUCGAGAAAAUUUUCUGUAAUUUAGUCAGAAUAUUUGCGGAAUCUUUGUUUUUGUGCGGAAUUUAAUUAGAACCAUGUACACUUUUAACUUCAGGGUUAUAUGUUGAUGUCGGUGAAGGUUAAUCCCUGUUCUACUUAUACACUUAGUUUUUUAUUA